GUCAUAUAUCAACGUCAAAUUUUGUUUGGUGAAAUAUUUUAGAAAUAAUGCAGAAUUGAAAUUGUAAACACGAUUUAAAUGUUGAAUUGUUGAAAUCCUAUAAUAAUCAAAAACGAAAAGUUCAAAUGAGUAAUAUUCUAAAUAAAGCUUGAUAUAAAGUUUAAAGAUAAAUAUUAUGGCAGACAGUGAUGAUGAGGGCUUGGAUAAUAACUCUACAGGAGUUAACCUAACUGGGUUCCUAUUUGGAAAUAUUGAUGAGGAAGGCAAUUUAGAAAGUGAUGUUUUGGAUUCAGAAUCACAAAAGUACCUCAGCUCAUUAGGAAGAUUAGCCUUUGGGUCCAUACUAAAAGAUGUUAUUGGAGAGGAAAAGAUUACAGAUGAAUCAGGUAGCGAUUAUGAUGGAUCUUCCAAUCAACAGAUCAAACAAGAGCCUAACUCUGAAGAUUUUUUUUCUGAUAAUUUUGAUAUAAAGUCACCUUCAGCCAAAGACUAUUCUGAUAUAAAUGAAAUUGCUGAAGAUGAGGAAGAACCAUUGAAUAAUGAGAACUAUGAUAGCAAGGAUGAAAUUAGGACAGAUAAAAAUCUUAUGCCUCCACCACCAAAUCCAACCAUUUCAACAAAUAUGCAGACUGAUCAUCAAAUUGUGGAAAGAAGAAAACUUGAUACUCCACUGGCAGCCAUGUUGCCCUCUAAAUAUGCUGAUGUAGAUGUUACCGAACUUUUUCCUGACUUUAGACAUGGACAGGUUUUAAGAUUUUCACGGCUAUUUGGACCAGGAAAACCAAGCAGUUUACCCAACAUUUGGAAGAAUGUUAGGAAAAAGAGGAGGAAGAGGAAGCACAAGGAAAAUCAACAUGACUCAGAUUCUUCUGAUGAUGAUAAUCCUAAGAAUAGGGGUUGGUUCUUUGAUUAUGCCAAUGAGUUUCCCUCAGAACAAACCAAUAGUGAUGAUGAAGAAAAGUUUUUAAAACCAGUUGAAUUGGCAAGUGACACUGAUAAAGAUGAUGCAGAAAAAAAAGAUGAAUCUGGGCCAAAAGCUGCCGAUUGGAGAUUCGGUCCUGCCCAGAUUUGGUAUGACAUGCUGAAUGUUCCAGAAAGCGGAGAUGGCUUCAAUUAUGGUUUUAAAAUUGGGGAUGAGAAGGAAAUACAAAAAAAUUUGCCAAAGGAGCCACAAGAAGCUGAACCUUUUCCUGAUGAUGCCUUUUUAAUGGUGACACAAUUGCAUUGGGAGGACGACGUAGUUUGGGAUGGAAAUGACAUUAAACAGAAGGUACUUCAAAAAUUGAAUAGUAAGUCUAAUGCCGCAGGGUGGGUACCUAGUAGCGGCAAUCGAACUGCACAAGCAUUCAGUCAACCGGGGAAAGUCAAUACUAAUAUUCGAUUGCCGCCCGCACCUAAUCCUACUAUAGCUGGAUUAAAAGCGAAAGCAGCUAUUAUGGCUGCGAAACCGAGAGAGCAAGAGCAAGACGACACUUGGUACUCGAUAUUCCCGGUAGAAAAUGAGGAUUUGGUGUAUGGGAAAUGGGAAGACGACGUUAUUUGGGACGCCGAAAAUAUGACAAACGUACCGAAACCUUCCAUACUUACCCUGGAUCCGAACGAUGAAAACAUCAUAUUGGGCAUUCCCGACGACAUAGAUCCUUCCAAACAAGUCGCGGGGCAAGCGACCCCGGUGAAGGUGAAAAUACCGCAUCCGCACGUGAAAAAAUCGAAGAUUUUACUCGGCAAGGCAGGAGUUAUUAAUGUGCUUCAGGAGGACACUCCUCCUCCGCCUCCCAAAUCGCCCGAUCGAGAUCCAUUUAAUAUAUCGAACGACAUCUAUUAUCAACCGCGCACUUCAGAAUCCACCCUCAGGCUGAAAGUAGGCGGGGCGAAUUUGAUUCAGCACUCCACCCCGGUGGUCGAAUUGCGAGCCCCAUUUAUACAGACCCAUAUGGGUCCUUUGAGACUAAGGAAUUUCCAUAGGCCACCCAUUAAAAAGUUUUCACAAGGAGCAUUGGCCGACCACGGACCACAUCCAGCUAUGCCAUUGGUUAAACACAUACGGAAAAAAGCAAAACAACGCGAACAGGAAAGAAUGGCCUCCGGCGGCGGUGAUGUUUUCUUCAUGAGAACCGCAGAAGAUCUUACGGGCAGAGACGGUGAUCUGGUUUUAGUCGAAUUUUGUGAGGAACAUCCUCCUCUGAUGAAUCAAGUUGGCAUGUGUUCAAAGAUUAAAAAUUACUAUAAAAGAAAAGCGGCCAAAGAUAGCGGACCACCCACUUAUAAAUACGGGGAAACUGCUUACGCGCACACCUCACCAUUUCUGGGCAUUCUGCAUCCUGGACAAUCCAUCCAGGCCAUUGAGAACAAUAUGUACCGGGCGCCUAUUUAUAACCAUAACGUCCUCUCGACUGAUUUUCUUGUGAUACGUACCAGACAACAAUAUUACAUCAGAGAAAUCGACGCUCUCUUUACCGCAGGCCAAGAGUGUCCUCUCUACGAGGUCCCAGGACCAAACUCCAAAAGGGCCAAUAACUUCGUUAGGGAUUUCCUACAAGUAUUUAUUUACAGACUUUUCUGGAAAAGUCGCGACACCCCGCGUAGGAUCAAAAUGGACGACAUUAAGAAGGCGUUUCCCUCGCACUCGGAGAGCAGCAUUAGAAAACGGUUAAAGUUGUGCGCGGACUUCAAAAGAACCGGACUAGACUCGAAUUGGUGGGUGAUCAAGCCGGAGUUUCGGCUGCCCAGCGAAGAAGAAAUCAGGGCGAUGGUAUCCCCCGAGCAAUGCUGCGCCUAUUUUAGUAUGGUCGCCGCGGAACAACGAUUAAAAGAUGCAGGUUACGGUGAAAAAUUCAUCCUGACCCCCGCGGAAGACGACGACGAAGAAAUGCAACUAAAAAUGGACGACGAAGUGAAAGUGGCUCCGUGGAAUACGACGAGAGCGUACAUCCAAGCGAUGAAAGGCAAAUGCCUGUUGCAGUUGACGGGACCGGCCGAUCCCACGGGAUGCGGCGAGGGAUUCAGUUAUGUACGAGUGCCCAACAAACCGACCCAAACUAAAGAGGAGCAGGAGUCGCAACCGAAAAGAACCGUCACCGGUACCGAUGCGGAUUUAAGACGGCUUUCGCUUAAUAACGCGAAGGCUCUGCUAAGAAAAUUCGGUGUACCCGAGGAGGAAAUCAAGAAACUUUCCAGAUGGGAGGUCAUCGAUGUCGUGAGGACCCUCUCGACCGAAAAAGCGAAGGCCGGAGAAGAGGGAAUGGAUAAAUUUUCUAGGGGAAAUCGGUUUUCAAUUGCGGAACAUCAAGAACGAUACAAGGAGGAGUGUCAGCGGAUUUUCGAUUUACAGAAUAGAGUUUUGGCUAGUUCUGAGGUGCUCAGCACGGAUGAAGGAGAAAGUUCUGAAGAUGAAAGUGACGAAGACAUAGAAGAAAUGGGUAAAAAUAUCGAAAACAUGUUGGCAAACAAGAAAACUAGUACACAACUGUCAUUGGAGAGAGAAGAACAGGAGAGGCAAGAAUUGAGGAAGAUGAUUAUGGAAGGAGAUAAAGAGAGAAAAGAGAAGAAAAAGGAAGAAGAGGAGAGUCAGGAGCAAGGAAAUUAUCCACAAGGGCGCGUCUUAAAAAUUAUAAGAACCUUUAAAAAUCCGGAAGGGCGUGAGUAUACUCGUUUGGAACACGUGAGAAAACCGGCCGUGAUCGACGCGUACGUUAAAAUACGAACAACAAAGGAUGACAGUUUCAUAAGGCAAUUCGCCACCUUGGACGAGGCCCAGAAAGAAGAAAUGAAGAGGGAGAAGAGAAGAAUACAAGAGCAACUACGAAGGAUUAAAAGGAAUCAGGAAAAAGAACGCAUGACGAUAGCCCAGCAACAUACACCAAACCAACCAACCACGCCCAGAGCAACGUCUGAAACGCUUCCGAAUCCGCACGAAUCCCCUACAACUCCGAGUCCCUCGACUCCUACGAAGAAUAUGAGCCAGAGUCCCCCGAAAUCGCGUAGAAAAACGAAAUUGAAGCCCGAUUUAAAGUUGAAAUGUGGUGCGUGCGGACAAGUUGGUCAUAUGAGGACGAACAAAGCGUGUCCUUUGUAUCAAAACAUAGGUGGAGGUGGCACUCCUACAGUCGCCCUAACAGAAGAACAAGAAGAGGACAUCGAAAAACAACUAAACACUGAUGACGAAGACUUGGUUAAUGUUGAUGGAACCAAAGUUAAACUGUCCAGUAAAUUAAUUAAACACGCGGAAGAAAUGAAACGAAGAAGUCUUUUGUUGAAGGUACCGAAAGACGCUUUGGGUAAAAAACGACGGAGAGUUCUUCCCGAUAGUCAUUGUGAUUAUCUGAAACGGCCCAGUAAGUCUGCGAACAGGCGCAGAACCGACCCGGUAGUUGUGUUAUCGAGUAUUUUGGAAGUUAUUUUAAACGAAAUGCGGGAUUUACCAGAUGUCCAGCCGUUUCUAUUUCCUGUUAAUCCCAAAUUGGUUAUGGACUACUAUAACAUCAUUCAACGUCCAAUGGACUUGCAAACUAUUAGGGAAAAUCUUAGACAAAAGAAAUACCAAAGUAGAGAAGAAUUCUUAGCGGAUGUGAACCAGAUCGUCGAAAAUUCGACUUUAUAUAACGGGCCGAAGAGCAGCCUGACUAUAGCGGCAACCAGGAUGUUAAAUAAGUGCGUCGAGAGGUUGAAGGAAAAGGAAGACAGACUGAUGCGUUUGGAGAAAGCCAUCAACCCGUUGCUGGACAACGAUCAAGUGGCAUUCACUUAUCUACUGGAGAAUAUUUUGAAUACUAAACUGAAGGCGAUGAGCGAAUCGUGGCCUUUCCAUAAGCCGGUCAACAAGAAAAACGUUAAAGAUUAUUACACGAUAGUUAAACGACCCAUGGACCUCGAGACUAUUUCUAAGAGGAUAUUGUCCCAUCGUUAUCGAAAUCGGCACGAUUUUCUCGUUGAUGUCGAACAAAUAUUGGAAAAUUGUAUUUUAUAUAAUGGAAAGGAUUCUCCGUUCACCGAAAAAGCUGAAAUGUUGGUAAAGGCUUGUAAGGCCGCAUUAGACGAGUUUGACGAUCAUUUAACUGCGUUGGAAAACAAAUUGGCAAGCGAACAAGAAAAGGCCGCGCAGGAUGACGAAAAUUGGAUGGUACCAGAUGAUGAAGGAUAUACAGUGGCGGAGCAUGAUAGAACUAGUCAACUUAGUUCUCCGGAGCACGGAAUGUCCCCUGGCAAAAGUCAACAACAAGAAGAAUAUGAUUUUGUCGACGUCGAGGGUGACGUUCAGCUUGACGAAACGCUGCUCAUUCCGAAAAUACCGAAGAAACGAAUUAAAACGGAAGCAGACACUUUGGAACAAGACCUUCAGUUUUCCAGUGAAGACGAAUUGGAUGAAGUUCCUCUGACUGAAUUUGAGAGCGACCAAAACGACCAAAAGGGCAUUUUAAUAUCGGCGGAGAUACCGAUAGACGGGGCCGACGACGACAGUCAGCAAGCGGCCGAGGCGAUGGUGCAAUUGGGCUCUAUGGGCUUUUAUCAACAAGGAGAUUUAACUGAGGCCGAAACACUGAUGUUUAAAGAGGAAAGUAUGGAUGUGGACCCAAAUUAUGACCCUUCGGACUUUUUAAUGUCCGGUCUCGCAUCGGUUCGUAAAGUUGACGAUCCGAUUCAAGGGCACGACAUUAAGAUCCAUGACGAUCUCGCCGUUAGUGAAAGUGACGACGAAGAUCAUCAUCACCAUCAUCAAUCCCAGAUGCAAUCCGAAGUCGAUAAUAUGAUUCCAGAGGAUGAAGAUGGGGUUUGGUUUUGAUUUCUUACACUUUAUGCAGGAUAAUUGUAAAAUGCAUGUACAUAAUGUAGUUAGGGUUGUGAUUUUAAGAUUUAAAUGUGUAAUUUAUCAUAAGAUACAUAUUGUUAAAGCUUCUCUUCUAUAACAUAAAACAUAAAAUUAGCAUAAAUAAAAGAGUUUUUUUUUUAAACAUA